CCUCAUUUUUUUAAAAAGUUCUGCCAUCCGAUAUUUGAAAAAAAAGUAGCCCUUUAAGUGGGUAGAUGGGUUUGUUACUGAAAUUUCCAUAAAGUCUUACUGAAGUACUUCAUAAAAAAUUCCCACAAUUCCAAGCAAGAAAGACCCACCUCCUGCUAACGUUGUGGCUGCCGAUUGGCCGGUGUUGGUGCUGAGAGCGCGGCUGUAGUUGAGCGGGAACCGGAGACCCCCCUCCCCCGCAGUCGCCAUGACUCGCUCUGGGACCCCUGGACGUCAAGGCUUCCGGCUCUUUUUCCGCUUGUCUCUACACCGCCUCCUGUUUCUAUUGCUGUGUUUGCUUGGGACCCUAGCCAACAAACUUAACGUGCCACAGGUGUUGCUACCCUUCGGCCGGCAGCCAGGCCGGGUACCCUUCCUGCUGGAGGCGCAGCGGGGCUGUUACACCUGGCACUCCACCCAUCAUGAUGCAGUUACUGUUGAGCCUCUAUAUGAAAAUGGCACCUUAUGUUCUCAAAGAGCAGUUCUCAUUGCUGAAUCUACCCAACCAAUACGCCUCAGCAGUAUUAUUCUUGCUCGAGAAAUAGUGACUGACCAUGAACUGCGCUGCGAUGUUAAGGUUGAUGUGAUAGACAGCAUUGAAAUUGUAUCUAGGACCCGGGAACUCUAUGUAGAUGAUUCACCUCUGGAACUGAUGGUGAGGGCAUUGGAUGCUAAAGGAAAUACUUUCAGUAGUUUGGCAGGGAUGAUGUUUGAGUGGAGCAUUGCCCAGGAUAACGAGUCAGCAAGAGAAGAAGUAUCUAGCAAAAUUAGAAUUCUGAAAUACUCUGAAGCAGAAUAUUCUCCCCCCACUUAUAUAGCUGAGAUGGAAAAAGAAGAGAAACAAGGAGAUAUGAUUUUGGUGUCUGGGAUUAAGACUGGUGCUGCUGUUGUAAAAGUUCGAAUAUAUGAACCAUUCUAUAAGAAAGUGGCAGCAGCAUCAAUACGUCUGCUUGUUUUGGAGAAUAUAUUUCUUAUUCCAUCUCAUGAUAUUUAUCUCUUAGUGGGAACAUAUAUUAAAUACCAAGUUGCAAAAAUGGUUCAGGGAAGAAUGGCAGAGGUGAAAUUUCCCCUGGAACAUUAUACACUGGAAUUGCAAGACCAUAAAGUUGCACAUGUUGGGUCUUUUACUGGAAAAGUGGCUUUACUAGAUGAGAAAACAGCCAUGGUGACUGCCCUCCAACUGGGCCAAACUAAUCUUGUCUUUGUCCAUAAAAAUGUCCAUAUGCGAUCUGUGUCUGGACUCCCAAAUUGCACCAUAUAUGUUGUAGAGCCUGGAUUUUUAGGUUUCACUAUCUAUCCUGGAGACCGGUGGAGUCUAGAGGUGGGACAAGUGUAUGUCACUACAGUAGAAGUGUUUGAUAAAAGCAGCACAAAAGUCUAUAUUUCAGAUAAUCUCAGGAUUACCUACGAGUUUCUACAGGAAUACUUUGAAGAGCAACUAACUACUACAAAUGGAUCUUACCAUGUAUUUAAAGCCCAGAAAGAUGGUGUUGUGGUGAUAAAUGCAUCCCUGACUUCCAUCGUUUACCAGAAUGACAAUAUUCAGCCUAUAAAGUAUCCAAUCAAACACCAACAAGAAGUGAAGAUUUAUUUUCCCAUCAAGCUUAAACCCAACUUUCUGGCAUUUCCUCAUCAUCCUCUAGAAAUGUUAUAUCGUUAUAAAGUACAGGUAGAGGGUGGUAGUGGCAACUUCACUUGGACCUCCUCUAAUGAAACAGUGGCUAUGGUAACCACCAAAGGAGUGGUGACUGCAGGUCAGGUCAGAGGGAACAGUACCAUUUUGGCCCGAGAUGUACAAAAUCCCUUUCGAUAUGGGGAAAUUAAGAUAUAUGUCCUAAAACUAGACAAAAUCGUACUGCUACCAUUUCGUGCUGAUGUGGAGAUUGGCCAGAUUAUAGAAAUCCCCAUUGCAAUGUAUCAUGUAAAUAAGGAGACCAAAGAACCUAUUGCAUUCACAGACUGCUCUCAUUUAUCUUUGCAUCUGAACUCAGAUAAGCAAGGAGUCUUUACUCUUUUCAAAGAAGGUAUUCAAAGACCUGGACCAAUGCACUGUUCCAGUACACAUAUAGCAGCCAAAUCUCUAGGCCAUGCUCUGGUAACAGUCAGUGUAACUGAGUAUGAAGACUAUUUGGAGAGCAGUGCCACAUUUGCUGCUUAUGAACCCCUAAAGGCUCUAAACCCUGUGGAAGUGGCACUGGUAACAUGGCAGUCUGUGAAGGAAAUGGUAUUUGAAGGGGGUCCUCGUCCUUGGAUCUUGGAACCUUCCCGAUUUUUUUUGGAGCUAAGCGUGGAGAAGACAGAGAAGAUUGGAAUAACAGAAGUCCGUCUGCCAGCUAAGAGAAAACAGAAUCAGUAUAUCUACCGCAUACUCUGCCUAGAUUUAGGGGAACAGGUUCUUACUUUCCGAAUUGGAAAUCACCCAGGUGUCCUGAACCCUAGUCCAGCUGUAGAGGUUGUACAGGUGCGUUUCAUAUGUGCUCACCCCGCCAGUAUGUCAGUAACACCAGUAUACAAGGUGCCAGCUGAUGCACAGCCAUGUCCUCUACCACAGCACAACAAACAACUGAUUCCUGUAUCAAGCUUGAGGGACACUGUUCUAGAACUGGCAGUAUUUGAUCAACACAGAAGAAAGUUUGAUAAUUUUAGUUCACUAAUGCUAGAAUGGAAAUCUUCUAAUGAGACACUAGCCCAUUUUGAAGAUAAGUCAAUGGAGAUGGUUGCCAAAGAUGAUGGCAGAGGGCAGACUCAGUUACAUGGUCAUCAGAUCCUUAAAGUACAUCAGAUAAAAGGGACUGUACUCAUUGGAGUCAAUUUUGUGGGCUAUUCCGAAAAGAAAAGCCCAAAGGAAAUUUCCAACUUGCCCAGAUCAGCAACAGUGGAGCUGCUGCUGGUGGAUGAUGUAACUGUAUUGCCUAAGAAUGCAACCAUCUACAACCACCCUGAUGUGAAGGAAAUAUUUAGCCUUGUGGAAGGAUCUGGUUAUUUUUUAGUUAAUGGCAGUGAGCAGGAUAUUGUCACUAUCACUUAUAUGGAAGCAGAAAGCUCUGUUCAGUUGAUUCCAGUACACCCUGGAUUCCUCACCUUAGAAGUCUAUGAUCUGUGCUUGGCUUUUUUGGGUCCAGCAACAGCCCACCUCAAGGUGUCAGACAUACAAGAGCUGGAGCUUGAUCUGAUUGAUAAGGUUGAGAUAAGCAAAACUGUGUUAGUGACUGUGAGGGUUCUUGGCUCUUCCAAACGCCCGUUCCAAAAUAAAUAUUUCAGAAAUAUGGAGCUCAAACUGCAACUGGCAUCUGCAAUUGUCACUCUGACAUUAAUGGAGGAGCAAGAUGAAUACUCUGAAAAUUAUAUCCUUCGAGCUCUCACUGUUGGGCAAACCACACUUGUAGCUAUUGCCAGAGACAAGAUGGGGCGAAAAUUCACAUCAGCUCCUCGGCAAAUUGAAGUGUUUCCUCCAUUCAGACUUGUUCCAGAGAAGAUGACACUGAUUCCAACUAACAUGAUGCAGGUAAUGUCAGAAGGUGGCCCUCAGCCCCAAUCUAUCAUUCACUUCUCCAUCAGUAAUCAGACUGUGGCUAUUGUUAAUAGGAGGGGGCAAGUUACAGGAAAAGUGGUUGGCACAGCUGUGGUCCAUGGCACCAUCCAGACAGUAAAUGAAGAUACUGGCAAAGUCAUUGUAUUUUCUCAGGAUGAAGUGCAGAUUGAAGUUGUUCAGCUAAGAGCUGUUAGGAUCCUUGCAGCUGCAACUCGACUCAUCACAGCUACUGAGAUGCCAGUUUAUGUCAUGGGAGUGACUAGUACCCAAACCCCUUUCUCCUUCAGCAAUGCCAACCCUGGGCUCACAUUCCAUUGGUCCAUAAGCAAAAGGGAUGUAUUGGAUCUGGUACCCAGGCAUUCAGAGGUUUUUCUACAGCUUCCAGUAGAGAAUAACUUUGCUAUGGUUGUCCAUACAAAAGCAGCUGGCAGAACCAGUAUCAAAGUCACAGUUCGGUGUACAAACAGUUCCUCUGGGCAGUUUGAGGGGAAUUUGUUGGAAUUGUCUGAUGAAGUUCAGAUCCUGGUCUUUGAAAAACUCCAGCUUUUCCAUCCAAAGUGUCAACCUGAGCAGAUUCUAAUGCCUAUGAAUUCUCAGCUCAAACUUCAUACCAACAGGGAAGGAGCUGCCUUUGUGAGUUCCCGUGUUCUCAGGUGUUUUCCUAACUCAUCUGUUAUUGAAGAGGAUGGUGAAGGGCUCCUGAAAGCUGGUUCCAUUGCAGGUACUGCUGUGUUGGAAGUCACUUCUAUAGAGCCCUUUGGAGUCAACCAAACAACCAUAACUGGGGUCCAGGUAGCACCAGUGACAUACCUGCGAAUGAGCAGCCAUCCCAAGCUAUACACAGCCCAAGGAAGGACCCUAUCAGCCUUUCCCUUGGGCAUGUCGCUCACCUUCAUUGUUCAGUUUUAUAAUAGCAUUGGAGAGAAAUUCCACACUCACAAUACUCAGCUUUUUCUGGCUCUGAACAGGGAUGACUUGCUGCUUAUUGGACCAGGGAAUAAGAACUAUACUUACAUGGCCCAGGCUGUGAACAAAGGGGUAACACUUGUGGGGCUCUGGGACCGGAGACAUCCAGGCAUGGCAGAUUAUAUUCCUGUUGCUGUAGAGCAUGCCAUUGAGCCAGACACCAAGCUUACCUUUGUUGGAGAUGUCAUCUGCUUCAGUACUCACCUCGUUAACCAACAUGGUGAACCUGGGAUAUGGAUGAUAUCUGCUGACAACAUUCUACAGACAGACAUUAUCACUGGAGUAGGAGUGGCCAGGAGCCCAGGAACUGCAACAAUUUUUCAUGACAUCCCAGGAGUAGUGAAAACAUAUAGAGAGGUAGUAGUCAACGCAUCAAGAUUAACGCUCAGUUAUGACCUCAAGACUUAUCUCACCAAUACCCCCAAUUCAACUGUAUUCAAACUCUUCAUCACCACUGGCAGAAAUGGUCUCAAUCUUAAAGGAUCCUGCACCCCAAAUCAGGCUUUGGCAAUUACAAAAGUACUUCUUCCAGAGACCCUCAUGCUGUGCCAUGUACAGUUCAGUAAUACUUUGCUAGACAUUCCAGCAAGUAAAGUCUUUCAUGUCCACUCAGAUUUCAGCAUGGAGAAAGGGGUUUAUGUCUGCUUAAUCGAAGCUCGUCAACAGCCAGAAGAGUUGCUCCAGGCCCUCAGUAUGGCUGACACCUCAGUCUAUGGGUGGGCCACACUGGUCAGUGAGCGUAACAAGAAUGGAAUGCAAAGAAUCCUCAUUCCUUUCAUCCCAGCCUUUUACAUUAACCAGUCAGAAUUGGUUCUUAACCACAAAGACAUUGGGGAGAUAAGAGUACUAGGAGUUGAUAGAGUUCUUGAGAACCUAGAGGUCUUCCCCAGCUCUCCAUUUCUAGUGGUCUCUGCCCAUAGGCACUCUCCCUUCACGCCUGGCCUGGCUAUCUACCCAGUAAGGGUGGUCAACAUCACUGCCUUCCAGCAGAUGCAAUCACCUGUUUUCAUUAAUAUUUCCUGUGCACUCACCAGUCAAAGUGAGGCUGUAGUAGUGAGGGCUAUGGACAAGUCUGGUGCAGUUCAAUGUGAAGAUUCAGGUGUCUUCAAGCGGUUCAUUGGUUCUUACCAGAUCCUCCUCUUUACCCUUUUUGUGGUGUUGGCAUCAACAGCUUUCAUCGUUCUAGCAUACAAUGUCUUCCUAAACAAAAUACAGACUGUUCCAGUUGUUUAUGUACCAACUAUAGGAUCAUCACAGCCAGGUUAUUAUACUGCUACAUGUUCUCCCCCUCCCUACAUGAGUCCACAAACCCCAGUGGCCCAGAGUCGGUUACAACAUUGGUUAUGGAGUAUAAAGCAUUAACAUAACUUGGCUAGGUCUCCCUUAUAUAGGGGAAUCUUGAUUUCUAGUUCUAGACAAGGAGGAACCCAGCAGCAAACUCUACACUAAGCCUCCAAAGCAAAGCUUCUUAGAACUAUAAAUAAAGGAUCUUGAACAGUUUGUU